CCGCGUGAAGUGUUUGAAAAGGUCCUAGGUCAGUGGGUGACCUUCAAGAUCAGGUCAAUGACCCAAAAGUCUACAAAAGGUAGAGUGUGUGUUUGUUAUGUGGCAUGAGGCCCGCCGCCAGGAGCGCGUCGUCAAAGGUAUGAUUGUCGACUACAGAAAGCGGGCCGAGCGGCGCCGCAACUACUAUGAGAAGACCAAGCAGGACCCCACGCAGUUUCUGCAGGUACACGGGCGCCCGUGCAAAAUCCACCUGGACCCGGCCGUGGCGAUGGCCGCAGAGGGGCCCAACAGCAUGAUGUCCUGGCAGGGGGACUCGGAGGUCCUUAUCGACAGGUUUGACGGCCGGGCGCACCUGGACAUGAUCAGCGAUGUGCGCGCCCCACCCGGUACCUCCGAUCUGGACGGUCUGGAGCAGGCCGAGGCCGACCAGAUCAACUUUGAGCGCUACCGCAUCCUGGUGCAAAACGAGUUCGCCGGACUAUCGGAGGAGAAGUUCCUGCACCAGCUGUACCUGGAGGAGCAGUUUGGCAGCACGCUGCUGCAGCAGCAGGCCGCCGGACGGCGGGACGCCGAGACGGACAAACGGCGACUGGCCGAGUCCCGCGCCGCCAUCGGAUACGUGUAUGAUGACGGCGAGCCGACGGCGCCGCCGCUGCCGUCCCAGCCGCCGCCGCCGCCCCCGCCCCCACCCGAUGAGGAGGAAGAGAGCGACGAUGAGGAUAUCGAUCUCGACAUGGCGCUGGACGUGAGUCAGCUGAGCACGGAGCAGUACGGCGAGCUGAACCUGGUGGGCCGCGGCUACAGCCUCAGCUCCACGGGCUUCAUGGACCUGCUGGUGGCGGACCAGGAGGAGCAGGAGACGGCACGGCUGGCGCGUAUCGAGGAGGAGGAGAAACAAGCGCUCUCCGUCCGCACUGGAUCGGGCAAGAAGGGCCGCAAGGAGCGCCGCCUGCUCAAGGAGAAGAAGAUGCAGCAGCACGCCCGGCCGGCGGCAGUGACAGCCGCGGCGGCCGCGGCGGUACCCAGCUACGCGGCGCCGCGCGGCUCGCCCACCUACGCGCCGUACGCCGGACCGGUGGGGCCCGGUCUGGGCAGCCGCAGCCGCUCACCCAGCCCGCCGCCCAGCAAGGUGGAGUUUAUCACCAGUUUCGGCCACGACUCUGACUCCGAGGGAGAGGCGGCUGGACCGGUGGUCGGCCCCGUUGGACCCGCGGCCCCCACACCGGCGGAGCAGCGUCCAAAGGAUACAACAGCGCGGCCGCGGCGCGACUCGGAUCGGGAGUCGGGCCGCCGCUCCGACUCCGGCUCCCGCGCGGGGCGGGACGAGCGGGAGCGGCGGCGCGGCUCCCGGGAGCCGGAGCGACGCCGGAGCCGCCGCUCCCGCAGCCGCUCCCGAGACAGGUACAGUCGCGGUCGCGGGCGUCGCUCGCGGUCCCGGUCCCGCUCCCGGGGCCGCCGCGGCCGGGACCGGCGCUCGCGGUCCCCGCGCGGUGGACGCAGGCGGUCUCGCUCGCGGUCCUACGGUCGGCGCCGCGGCUCGCGGUCCUGGUCCCGGUCCCGGUCGCGGUCUCGGUCCCGCCGGAGCCCGCGGCGCAGCGGGGAGACGCGGCGGUCUCCGGCGCGUGGGUCCACGGCGGCGGCAGCCUCACCAGACAAACAGCAGCAGCCGACGGCGGCGGCGACGGCCGGCGCGGCGGUACCGGCGGCGCCGCUGCGACCUCCCACGCCGCCUCUGCGCCGCUACUACGGCCGGCGGCGCAGCGAGAACUCGUCCGACGACAGCGACCUGGCAGACGAGGGGGACGGGGACGGCGCGUCGGCGGGGGCGGGGGCGGCCGGCGAGGGCGGCUCCGCCCAGGAGACGGCCACCGCCGGCUCGUCGCCCGCCUCUGUGGGCGCCGGGGGCGGCAGCAGGGUAUCUGCGCCUGUGGUAGUGUUGGGACAACCAGCCGCCACCAAAGCCGGAGGCUCGAAGCUGACACCACAAGAAAAGCUCAAAAAGAAAAUGCAACUGGCUUUGCAGAGGCAAUACAAGGCGGAUAAGCGAGCAGAGCAGAGUCGCGCCGUCAAACAGGAAAAGGAACAGGAGGCACGCGAGGCAGAGCUCCGCUCACACGCCAGACGCAUGAGGAAAAAGGAGAGGGCCAAGUGGCGGAAGGAGAACGGCAUGCCGAGUGACUCCGACUCUGACGACUCGCGCUACUCGGACUCUAACGGGAGUCCGCCGCCGGCGUCCCGGAGUCAGGAGGACGGAUCGCGGUACGGAAGCGGCAGCAGCAGCGGCGACUGGAGCCGCCGACAGGACAGCUCCGCCACCGGUGGCUCGGACCGCUACUCGGGCGGGGGCGACCGGUACGGAGACCGCGGCGGUAGCGGCGGGGGGCGGUACAGCCACGGAAACGGCGACCGCUACAGUGGAAACGGGGAUAGGUAUAGUGGUAAUGGGGACAGGUACGGUGGGGGAAACAGUGAUCGUUAUAGUGGCAGCAGUGACCGUUAUAGCGGUGGCGGAAACAGUGACCGGUACAGUGGAAACUCUGAUCGCUACAACAGCAACAGUGAUCGGUACGGUGGUAACAGUGAACGAUACAGUAGCAAGAGUGACCGUUAUAGCGGCGGUAACAGUGACCGGUACAGCGGUGGUAGCAGUGACCGAUACAGCGGCGGCGGUGACCGCGGUACCGACCGGCACAGCCGGUCCGGUGACCGAUACUCGGGCGGCGGGGGAAGGUACUCGGACCGGACCACCAAAGGCGACUUCCCGUCUCGCAGCGACUACCCGCCGAGCCGGCCGCCGCCGUGGCAGUACCAGGUGGAACAGCAGCGGGACUUUACCAGCCGCCCGCCGCCGCCGCCCAACUACCCGCCGCCGCCGCUGCCGCCGCCGCCGCCGCCCCCGCCGCGGCACGACCACAGCUAUCCGCCGCCCCGCACCGGUGACCGGCGGUCGAACCGAGACAGCGGCGGCAGCGACCGCGACCGGACCAGUCUCCGGCUGGUCGACUACUGACCUGGGUAGGUUGGGCGCUUUUUACGUUUUUGGUAGUCUGGGUGUAUUUCGGCUCUUUCUGUACACCUCUGACGGGUGUUCUCGUACAAGUCCAGCGGGUGUCAUAAUACACCUUUGACGAGUGUCUCCGUACACCAUGGGCGGUGUUGCGCUGUCGGCUGUCCCCGUGAGCUGACGGUGACCUUCGCGCACGACCUUUGUCAGUAACGGCUCCGUAGGAGACGUAUGUGAGACGCAUGAGGCGUGAGUACUGAUGUGAUGUUCCCUUAGGUCAGGUGACCGGAUGGCUGCGUCCCUACGGUUGUGUUGGUAACUGGGUUUAUUUGUGAGCUGUCUUCACCCGACUGUGUUAAGGACUGGUGCUGGAAAGGGGGCACUGCAGGGAGCACAGCUGGGUGAUAAACGGGCAUCAUGGCCAGAGACUGUUCUCACCUGGGGAGAGGCUACUGGCCGCUGGGUUAGCAGCUAACGUUGACCCCGAAUGGUCAUUUUAGUACGGCCUGGCUUCUUCACCUCCGCUGUGACGCGGUUUUCCAGGAGUGGCAGUGAAUGUGAAUCGUAUUUGUUGCGUCGAAAGAUGACGCGAAAACAGCACUAUGCAGCAUUUGACCUUGACUGGUCAGUCCGCCGAUGCCCGCCAUGUUGAAUAAUGCGUGCGAGACUGGGCCGUAGGGUGAUUUUUUCUCGCGAAUGGUACGGCCGACAGCGACAGACGCAGACAGCGUGUGUUGACGGAUGAAAUAGAUUUGCGCGGUACUUUGUAGGGUAAGUGAUGAAAUGUGUGCCAGACUCUGUGCUGUAGAUACGAAUAUAUUUGUCUUUUGUCAAAA